AUGAGUAUCGAUUUCGUUUCCGCUGCCCACCUCCCCUUCCCUCCCCCCGGCAGACGUAACGAUUUUAUGUUAAUUAAGGCGUCGCAUGACUCAUCGCCGUUGGAAGGACGUGAGAAAACGACUGCACCACGACGGCGUCACUGUCUCAGCGGCGCGCACUUCCGCCGCCUACUUUCCGCGACAAACAAGGGUAUGAUAGUGUCCUCUUCUCCUCCUUCUUCCUCCUCCACUCAGUGCUUCUCCCUGUCGGUAGAAGCUGCAUCCCCACUAACAGCGGCUCGGAUAGUAUUCCGAGUGGCUGUGACAAUCACCAUCAUCUGCGACAAGCAGUUCUCGUCUGCCUUAUACCAAGAUCUUGGAUUUGGUAGUAGAACGACGACUGCUUACCACUCUGCCAUCAACGGUCUCGUCAAUCGCUUUCACCACCAAGUGGAAGCUUCUACAACGGCUAACCCGGGCGUGAGGUGGGCUGUCUUACUCGGAAUUGGCUCCACGUUGCGGAAGGAUAUCGGCUAUUCACCUUUGGAAUUACUCUUUGCUACUAUCCUCACCUUCCUGGUGUUCUUCUAA